AUUACAGUAUUAUCACUGUCACACUUUGUGUUGUACAUAUGUAUGGGACUUUAGGAUGCAUUGACCUUUAAGGAUGUGCAUGUCCACUUCAGUCGGGAAGAGUGGUCCUUGCUGCAUCCAUCUCAGAAGAGACUUUACAAAGAUGUAAUGCUGGAGAUCUACAGGAAUCUCACUACUAUAGGCUACAAAUGGAAAGACCAUAACAUUGAAGAACAUUGUCAAAAUGAUAGAAGACAUGGAAGGCAGGAAAGAAGCCCUACUGGAGAGAAACCCUAUGAAUAUACACAAUGUGAUAAAACCUUCACACAUCACAGUCAUCUUCAAAAGCUUGAAAGUAACCAAACUGGAGAGAAACACUCUGAAGGCUUUCCACAUUUUGAAGCGCUUGCAUGUCAGAGUACUGUCCAAAUAAAUAAAAGUACAGAGGCUGGAGAGCAAUCCAACAAAUGUAAUGAAUGUGAUAAAGCCUUUUUACAGCUCAAGUAUCUUCAAGUACAGGAAAGAACACAUUCUGUAAAGAAACCCUAUGAAUGUAGUCAAUGUGGUAAAGCCUUUUUAAAACCCUCCCGUCUUCGAAUACAUGAAAGAACACAUACUAGUGAGAAACCUUAUAAAUGUAAUGAAUGUGAAAAAGCCUUUGCAGAUCUCAAUUAUCUUCGAGCACAUGAAAGAACACAUACUCGAGAGAAACCUUAUGAAUGUAGUCAGUGUGGUAAAGCCUAUUCACACCGAAGUUGUCUCCGAAUACAUGAAAUAACACAUACUGGAGAGAAACCUUAUAUAUGUAAACACUGUGAUAAAGCCUUUUCAUUCCAGAGUUGUCUCCUAGUACAUGAAAGGACACAUACUGGGGAGAAACCUUACAUAUGUAAUGAAUGUGAAAAAGCCUUUGCACAUCUCAAGUAUCUUAGAGUACAUGAAAGAACACAUACUGGAGAGAAACCCUAUAAAUGUAAUAAGUGUGGUAAAGCCUAUUCACACUGGAAUUGUCUCCGAAUACAUGAAAGAACACAUACUGGAGAGAAACCUUACAUAUGUAAACACUGUGAUAAAGCCUAUUCAUUCCAAAGUUGUCUCCUAGUACAUGAAAGAACACAUACUGGAGAGAAACCUUACAUAUGUAAUCAAUGUGAUAAAGCCUUUGCUCAUCUCAACUAUCUUCGAGCACAUAAAAGAACACAUACUGGAAAGAGACCUUACAUAUGUAAAUACUGUGAUAAAGCCUAUUCACUCCAGAGUUGUCUCCAAAUACAUGAAAGAACACAUACUGGUGAGAAACCUUACAAAUGUAAUGAAUGUGAAAAAGCCUUUGCACAUCUCAAGUAUCUUCGAGAACAUGAAAGAAGACAUAUUGGAGAGAAACCCUAUGAAUGUAAUCAGUGUGGUAAAGCCUUUUUACAACCUUGUCUUCUUCGAAUACAUGAAAGAACACACACUGGAGAGAAACCCUACAAAUGUAAUAAAUGUGAUAAAGCCUUUGCACGGCUCCAGUAUCUUCGAGAACAUGAAAGAACACAUACUGGUGAGAAACCUUACAAAUGUAAUAAAUGUGAAAAAGCCUUUUCACGGCUCAAAUAUCUUCGAGUACAUGAAAGAAAACAUACUGGAGAGAAACCCUAUGAAUGUGAUCAAUGUGGUAAAGCCUUUUUACAACCCAGCUGUCUUCGAGUACAUGAAAGAACACACACUGGAGAGAAACCUUACAAAUGUGAUCAAUGUGGUAAGGUCUUUACACAAAGCGGUCAUCUUCAAACCCAUAAAGUAAUGCAUACUGGAGGGAGACUCUAAAUAUGUAAUCAGCAGGAUAAAGCCUAUUCACACCAGAGUCAUCUUCCAAUACAUGAAAACACAUACUGGAGAGAAACCUUUUAAAUGUAAUCAGUGUAGUAGAUCAUUUUUUUUCUCACAGUCACCAUAAAGCUGAUGAAAGAAUUCAUACUGGAUAGAAACCCUACAAAUGUAAUGAAUGUGAUAAAGCAUUUCCACAGCACAGGUUUCUUUGAAUACAUGAAAGAACACAUACUGGAGAGAAACCUUAUAAAUGUAAUCCGCGUGAUAAAGCCUUUGCACAGGCAAUAAUCUCAAAGUACAUAAAAGGAUGCAUACUGGAGAGAAACCCUAUGAAUGUAAUCAAUGUAGUAAAGCCUUUGCAUAUGACUAUUCUUUUAGGAUUCAUCAAAGACCAGAUACUGAAGACAAACAUUACAAAUGCAAUCAAUGUGGUAAAGCUUUUGCAGAAAGCAGUCAUCUUCAAAUCCAUAUCUUACUACACACUGGAGAGACUCUACAAAUGUAAUCAGUGUGAUAAAACCUCUUCACAACAUAGUGGUUUCUGAAUACAUUAAAGGAAACAUUCUGUAGAGAAACCUUAGAAAUGUAAUCAAUGUGAUGAAGCCUAUUCACAACACAAUGGUCUUACCUACACUAUCACAUACUGGAGAGAAACCCUAUGAAUGUAAGGGAUCUGGUGAAGACUUUGCACAUUACAGUAUGCUCCAAUAAUAUAAAAACAAUCAUACUGAAGAAGCUCUAUGAAUGUAACCGUAGGGUUAAGCAUUUGAAAAUCACAGUAGUCUCUAGAAACAUAAAAGGAGUCAUCUAGGAAAGAAACCCUAUAAAGGAGGCUGGAGAAAUGGCUCAACAGCUAAGAGCACUGACUGCUCUUCCAAAAGUCCUGAUUUCACAUCCUAGCAAG